AUGUUCAUCAAGGGAUCGCUGUCGGCUACGAUCAUCGCUCCAUCAAUCUCACCUUGGUCGUCACCAAUAGUGGUCAUCAUCAAGGCCAACGGCAUGGAUAUCCGCCUCUGCAUCGAUUACCAAGUGGUUAACAUGGUGAGGCUGAUGGUGUACCCGAUGCUGUUGAUCAACGAUCUCCUCGAGGACUUGGACAAGUUGCUUUGGUAUUGGUCCCUUGAAAUGGCGAGUGGAUUCUGGGUCGUGUCAAUGACGCCGCGGGUGAGACUGAUCUCAACAUUCAUCACGCCAUUCGGGUUAUUCGAAUGGGCGAGGAUGCCGUUCGGUCUGAAGAACACUCCGCAGAUCUACCAGCGGAUCGUGGACAACGCCCUAUAUGGGCACAUGCGCAUCAAGUCCAGACAUUCGAUAUACGCGUGGGACAGCAUGGGCAACAAGGUCGAAAAUCUGCUGGACGUAUGCGAUCGCUGGAACCUAUCGAUCAGUGUAGCCAAAAGCUACUGGGGUAGGCGCAAAGUGACCUACCUGCGACACCAAGUGUCGAGAGACGGUUUGGAAGCGAAGCCGAAGGACCUUGAAGCCUUCUCGAAUCACCCUUUCCCCACCAAGUUGAAAUCGAUGCAGUCGUUCCUCGGAAGCCUGAAUUACUACAGUCGCUUAAUCGAGGACUUUGCAGAACACGGCCGCGUGUAUUGGCCAGUGACCUUCACCAGUGGGACGCUGAAGGCCAACGAGUUGAACUAUGGCAUCGCAGAUAAGGAGGUCCUGGCUCUUCUUCGCAUGUUGGACGUCUGCUACUCGCAGUUGGUGACCAGAUCGAGCAAGGUGCUAUCGCGUUUCUCCACGCUAGCCUGGCUCCUGAAGUCGAAUGGGUUAGACGGGCGAUUGGGCAGGUGGACCGCAUUGUUGUCGGGCUGGAUGUUGGAAAUUACGAAGUGUGCCAAAGGCGAAGAAGAAAUCCUAGGGGCGAUCGCGGCGGAUAUCACUCCUCGAGCAGAAGUUGACGAGGUCCUAAUCGCAAUUGCCUCGAAGAAGCAACCCCGGAAGAUGAUAGCCAUGAUUCCUCCAACCGUAGAGUCGGAAGAGAACCUGUUGGCGACGAACUUUGACGGAUCAGCGAGACGGAUCAAGCAAGCACAAGACGAAGAGAAGUGGAUCGCAGAUCUAAAUGAGUACCUGAAAGGUGACCUGAACGGUCUAUCGAAGGAAGCUGCUAAGACGUACUCGAAGAUCACCGCAACAUCGCCGGGGAAUGUGCAAGGCACGUACCCGUUCCAGGUCAUAUCCAUGGAUCACAUUCCGUCGCUGCCGAAGUCCUUUAAGAGGAACACGGAGUUACUAAUCUGGGCGGACCUGUUCAACGGAUACGUGAUUACCAAGGCUGGAUCAUCGUGGGGAGCCCAAGUGGUGGCGGAAAAUUACGAGGAAUGUGUCUUCAGGCGGUUCUGUGCAAGUGAAGUAAUCAGGCACGAUCGGGAACCGGGAUUCAUGGCAUAUUUCUUCCCCGCGUUUAAUUGGAUCGUGAAGAUGAGGCAAAGUUCCACCAUGGCCUUCCGCCCGCAGGGUAAUGGAAAAGCGGAACGAACGGUGCAAACAUUGACGAGAACACUGAAGCUGUAUGUCUCCGAUGUCAACCAACAGGACUGGGGUGACUACGCUGAACGCUUGACGUAUGCCCUCAACACGGCGCAAGAUCGGGUGCGUGGAGACACAUCCUUUUAUCUGGUGCAUUGGCCGGACAAGAUCGAGCAAGGAUCACAAGUAUGGCUCUACCUGGACCGGGUGAAGGAAGGGUUCGCGAGGAAACAGAUCCACAUAGAAUACCGCAUCUUCCCUGUGGUGCACCUGUCGAAGUUAAAGCUGGUGAGGGCGUUCCCCGACCGCCCAACUUGCACCCUGCUGGUCGAGGAAGGAGAUCGAGUCGACUUCGAUGAAGCUCUACUUGCUGAGGACAGCUGGGAGACUCCUUUGGGCGAGGACGAAUUCGAGGUGGAAUGGAUCGCUGACCUGGACGCUGCACGCGAUAUGGCCGCGUACACCGAGAGUUCCAAGUGUUUUGGAAAGGCUAUCGCGAACCCACGUGGUCGGUUCCGUAGUCGGUUCAACGUCGUGCAGUCGCACGAAGAGGCGUCGGACAACCUGUAA